AUGCCGGAAGCUCUCGUCGGAAAUCGCCUCAACAGAGCUCUCGCUUCUCACGAAAUGCAAAGUGAUUUCGCCUCCGGGGUCAUCUCUAUUUAUAGGGAGAGGGAUCGCAACGGUAUACCUUGGAAAACCAAACGGCGCAUUAAUGCGCCGCGCACCAUGAUUACUCUCGCCACAUGUCGCUCAUCCUAUGGGGGACUGACGGCACGCGAGGCACGGAAGACGAAGCGCCCAGAUGUCCCUUCACCCGUCCACUCGACGCGACCUUCUGACUCCCCCGACGUGAGCCUCUGA